CAUAAUAAAUUUUAAAAACGGGGAUGAUGUGCACGAAUACUAAUAUUAAAAAAAAACAGAACAGAACGCCUUCAUGGUGUGCACGUCGGUAGUGCCCUCCCACCUCAAAUAAUGGCCCUGGAUCCUGUCCUGUCAUCUCUCCAUGUAUUUAUAGAUAUCAAGUGCAUCCAGUUUCAAUCUGAAUCGAAAUUAGUUUGAAGAGGAAAGGAAGAUGAGGGCAAGUCUUUUCCUGAUUGUUGCGACAUCGCUACUUUUAGUGGGCUCAGCCGUGGGAGAUGGGAAGGUCGACAAUCAGGUCUUCCAUGUCGCAGGCAAAGUCCUCUGCCAGGACUGCAACCAGGGCUGGAACGAAUGGGUCAAUGGGGCCAAACCCAUCAAAGGUUGCAAGGUGUCAGUUACAUGCCUGGACGAGAGGAGCAGAGUUGUUCACUACGCAAGUGACUUGACAGACGAUGCCGGAGACUUUGAGAUUGCUUGUAAGAAAUAUGUGAACGGGAAAGAGCUCAACCCCAAGAACUGCUUCUUGAGGUUGGUCUCGUCACCGGACCCCGUUUGCAACAUUGCCACCAACUUCGCCGGAGGAAAGAGCGGCGUGAAGCUCCACCGCCCCACGGUGGUGUACAGGGACAUCCUCAAGUUCAUGCUGGGACCCUUCUACUACACCACUCCCAUGUGUGAUGAACCAGAUACUAGUAGUCCUGACGAAGAUGAUUCUGGUGAUGACAAACAGAGCAACUACUAGCGCCUUACGUGUUUACGUACAUUUAAUUUGGGCUUGUGCCCUGUUAUUUUUCUUAUCUUGAAUGAUAAUAUAAGUAAAAUUGGGUACAUAUACAAUGUACUAGUGAUAUUUUGUGUGAAUGAAUGAGGUUAACAAGUUCCUGUUAAUUGUCAUUUUUCCCC